AUGCCGGCUACAAACCUGCUAGCUCGUAUGGAUCCUCGUGAAGCGAUCAGCAUCAACAAGUGGCCGACGACCGAGCAUUCUGCCGCAGCACGUCUUCCUCCUAUCCUCUCUGAAGCGCGGCAGCAGAUAUUCUCCUUUCAGCAAGACGUCCGUCAAUUCACCAGGCAGCUCCUUGAACUCAUCGCGUUAGCGCUCGACCUUCCCCGUACGACGUUCGCACAAUACCAUGGUCCGGAGAAGGAGAACUUCGAUAAUUUCGAGCUGAUGCAUUACCCGCCCGUCACCCCCGUCACCCCUGGGUCAGAAAGAUCCGAGGGUCUUCCAGCAUUCCGCAUCUCGCCUCACACAGACUGGGGAACAUUAACCCUCCUCUUCCAAACCACCGUUGGAGGUCUUGAGGUGCGUCCGCCCAAGUACACCUCGCCGGACUUGUCUCUGGACACCGAGACGUGGACGCCAGCGCCCGCUCUUCCGGACCUGAUCCUCGUGAACAUCGGAGACAUGCUCGAGUUCUGGACGGCAGGGAAGUUGAAGAGUACUUGGCACCGCGUCGUCCCCACCGCGACGGAGGGCGGGCUGGAUCGGUAUACGUUUGCGUAUUUCUUGCAUCCUGAUAAGAACGCCGUUCUCGUCCCCAUGCAUGGGAUGGAAAAGCAAGGCUGGGUGCCGAGAUAUGCUGGGGAGGGAAGGACGGCGGAGGAACACAUCCAUGCGCGGAUCGAAAGCGUGCAUGGCAAAAAGCCGGAUCGCGGCUAA